GGCGCUGCUGGCGUCGCUACCGGCGAGACGGAAGCGGAGUUUCCGGCUGUGCAGUACCGUACCGAAAGAGCGAGAGAGAAAGAGAGAGAGAGAGAGAGAGAGAGAGAGAGAGAGAGGGGGGACCGCUGACACCGCGAAAAGGCCGAGGAUAACCUGGGCACCGCACGACGAUUGCCGCUUCUUCCCGGCGGGACGUGUGUCAUCUUACGGACGGAGAGGAAGAGCACAGGCGCGGGGCCGCAGCCACCCACCCGCCGGCAUGGCCCGGGACUACGACUACCUCUUCAAGCUGCUGAUCAUCGGAGACAGCGGUGUGGGGAAGAGCAGUCUUCUUCUCCGCUUUGCUGACAACACUUUUUCAGGUAGUUAUAUUACCACAAUAGGAGUCGACUUCAAGAUCCGAACAGUAGAGCUCAACGGAGAGAAGGUGAAACUCCAGAUCUGGGAUACAGCGGGGCAGGAACGCUUCCGGACCAUCACAUCCACAUAUUACCGAGGGACCCAUGGGGUCAUUGUAGUGUAUGAUGUCACCAGUGCAGAAUCUUUUGUCAAUGUUAAACGAUGGCUACAUGAAAUUAAUCAGAAUUGCGAUGACGUUUGUCGAAUAUUAGUGGGCAAUAAGAACGACGAUCCGAACUCGAAGGUGGUGGAGACGAACGACGCACAGAAGUUUGCCGAGCAGAUGGGCAUCCGCCUGUUCGAGACGAGCGCUAAGGAGAACAUAAACGUGGAGGAGAUGUUUAACUGCAUCACAGAGUUGGUGCUGCGGGUGAAGAAGGAGUCCGUGGCCAAGCAGCAGCAGCAUGACGUGGUCAAGCUGGGCAAGAGCAGCAAGCGGAAGAAAAAGUGCUGCUAGAGGGGGAGGCCCCGCCCGCCCACCCACCCACACACACGCCGCUGUCGCCUCGAUUAACACCUCAGGAUAUGGAUGGAGAGAGAGAGAGAGAUAGACGAAGCGAGUCCCUUUUGGACAAAUACAAAUCACAGACAUUUUAAAAAUAAAUGUACAGAUUUUAUUAGAAUUAAGGAGUUUUAUAUGGAGUUCAGCCGAAGUGGUCUUUAAAGACCUUCCUUCGUUGUCUAAGGAGCUGCAGGCUGACAUGCUCCCCACGGUGUGCAGGGUUGGCUGUGCAGUAAGAGUUGCUCUUACAGCAACCUCUGUCCUCUCUUGCUCUCCAUGUCUGCAUUUCGGAGUGUAUGUUGAUUUGUCGUCGUCGCCUUCCGCAAUCUGAUGACACCCCCCCCACACACACACACAGAGACGCCAAGAACUCGUGAAGGGAUUGUUCAUUUUGGGGGGAACUUAAGUAAACUAAACGGUGACGUCUGUGACCUUGAUCCACGGAUCCGUCGACUGGCAUCGGGGACGACAAUGAUCCUUUCCACCCUUCACUUCUUCCUAAGCGUCUCCUCUUCAGGUCCCAGUCGUUCCGACCUCGGAGCGCAUCGGGUCAGGGGCGCCUCCUGCCCAGUGCUAUCGCUGCGCACCGUCUCGCAAACGGUGACACUGCAGUGGUCUUAAAGGGGAGCACCAGGGUAGGAAUGGCGCCCUCCUUU